AUGUUGAUUAAAAAAGAUCAUUCUUCAAAGCACUUUCUUUCUUUCUUUCUUUUUAUUAUUUUAUAUCAUACAAGAAGAGCAGCGAUGUUGAGCAAUAAGAUUGUUGCUACGGCAACAGCGGCAAAAACAUUGACAUCUUCUUUAAUAGGCAAUAGCAAGAGAUUAUCACCAUCUAUAAUCAACAAUAAUUAUGUAAAUUCACACCUCUCAUCAUCAUCUUCACAACAACAAUGUAUAAAUAACAACAACAACAAUAACAAUAACAACAAUAAAUUGAUGAGAGAUAUCAACUAUAUAUUCAAUAACAGUACAACCAAAAAUAAUAAUAACAAUAGUCUUAGAAAUAAUCAUUAUGGUGGAAUGAUAUUUAACAAUCAUUAUAGAUUAUAUUCAACAGAGAAUAAGAAUAAUAAUAAUGAAGAAAAAGAAAAGGAAAAAGAAAAAGAAGAAAAGGAACAAGAGGAAAAGAAAAAACAAGAAGAAGAAGAAAAGAAAAAGGAACAAGAGGAAAAGAAAAAGGAAGAGGAAAAUGUAAAUAAAUCAUCGACUGAUAAAGACAAGGAUAACAAUAAGGAUAAAAAAGAAGAUGAUAAGAAGGAUGGUAGUGGUGGACCCUUUGAUUUCAGCUAUAUAUUCCGUGCAUUUAAAUGGUCAAUUCCAAUUACAGCAUUAAUGGUAUUAUUCGUAACAACAUUGGAAACAGCAGAUGGUAGAAAUUAUAUUGAUUAUCAAACAUUUAGAUCGACUGUGUUGCCAAGUGGAACGAUUGCAGGCAUUCACAUUGUCAAUGGUAACAUUGCGAUGAUUCGUGUAAAGACAUCGGAAGGAUACCGUCUCUACAAGAUCAAUGUACCAAACGUAGACGAUUUCCAACGCAAGAUUGAACAGGAUCAAUUAGAGUUGGGUGUAGAGUUGGGCGACCAAGUAUUUGCCAGCUACGCCGAAGAGAAUGCGAUAUUCAAAGAGAUUAUAAGUAUCAUCCCAACGGUGCUGUUUGUUGCAGCAUUGACCUACUUUUCACGAAACAUCUCGUUGAUGGGUGGAAAGGGUCCCGCCAGUCUCUUUAGCAAGAGCAAGGCCACAAGAGGCACGUCAACAACCACAUUCAAGGAUGUGGCCGGUAUGGAUGAGGCCAAAGAGGAGAUUAUGGAGUUUGUGAGCUUCCUCAAGAACGCCGACAAGUACAAGAAGCUCGGUGCCAAGAUCCCCAAGGGUGCGAUCCUGGUGGGUCCCCCUGGCACGGGCAAGACGUUGUUGGCCAAGGCUACGGCCGGCGAGAGCGGCGUGCCAUUCUUUACCAUCUCGGGAUCCGACUUUAUCGAGAUGUUUGUGGGUGUAGGACCUUCGCGUGUAAGAGACCUCUUUAAAGAGGCACGUGCCAACACACCAUGCAUCAUCUUUAUCGAUGAAAUUGAUGCUGUGGGUCGUUCACGUUCGAGAAAUGGGUUCCACAACGACGAACGUGAAAACACCCUCAAUCAACUGCUCGUCGAGAUGGAUGGAUUUGGCAGCACUGAGGGUGUCGUCGUAUUCGCCGGUACUAACCGUCCCGACGUUCUCGACCCUGCCUUGAUGCGUCCCGGUCGUUUCGAUCGUACCAUCUAUGUUGGCGAACCCGACAUCAAGGGUCGCAAGGACAUCUUUAUGGUACACUUGAAAAAGAUCAAGAUUGAAGGCGACAUGGAAGACCUCGCCAAGAAGCUUGCCACCCUCACACCAGGAUUCUCUGGUGCUGACAUUGCCAACGUUUGCAAUGAAGGUGCUCUUGUUGCAGCCCGUAGAAACGCCCUCAAGGCCACAUUUAAGCAUUUUGAAGAGGCUAUUGAGCGUGUACUCGUCGGUCUCGAGCGCAAGAACCGUGUACUCUCCAAAGAGGAGCGUAACAUUGUCGCUCAUCACGAAGCUGGCCAUGCCAUCGCCGGCUGGUUCCUCGAACACACUGAUCCGCUGCUCAAGGUCUCUAUUGUUCCACGUGGCAUGGGUACACUCGGUUUUGCUCAGUACCAGCCCAAAGACCAGUACCUCUACACCCGUGAGCAGCUCAUCGACCGUAUCUGCGUCACCCUCGGUGGCCGUGUCGCCGAAUCCAUCAUCUUUGGCCGUAUCUCGACCGGUGCCCAAGACGAUUUGGAAAAGGUCACCAAGAUUGCCUCGUCCAAGGUCGUCCACUAUGGUAUGAACGAACGUCUCGGUGUCGUCUCUUUUAAAAAGGAAAACAACGGUGAAAUGACCAUCGAGAAGCCAUACAGCCAGGCCACCUCGAGGAUGAUCGACGAAGAAAUCAGAAAAAUUAUCAACCAAGCCUACGAGAGAACUCAUGUCCUCUUGACCGAAAAGAAAGAGGAACUAUUAAAGGUUGCCAAGGUACUCCUUGAAAAGGAAGUCCUUCUCCGUGACGACCUCCGUGAAUUAUUGGGUCCAAGACCAUUUGGUGAAAAAACAACUUGGGCUGAAUUAACUGGUGAAGUUACUCCAGAAACUGAAUCCCCUACCAGUAGUAGCAGUACCACUGCCACUGAAUCAACAACAAACGAACAACCACAACAAGAAAACAAGAUUUAA